AUGGCAGAGGACAAUCUGAUAGGUACUGAGGACGGUAUCUCCAAUACUAAAGGCACAGAGCUCAAGGAACAUGGGGAGGGAAAAUAUGGGCUUGAGAACGAAUGUGAAGAUAAUUCUAAUACUAAAAGUUAUCCAACGGUUGCAAGUAAUGGCCAAUCAGGUGGUCUUUUGGCACUGACUGACCAACGAGACAUAUUGUCCAAGCUGUAUGAAGAAUCUCGACUUAAUUCAAAGGAAGGAGACGCUGUAUAUGUGAUACCCUCCACAUGGUUUGAUAACCUUUGGAAUCCAGAAGUUCUAAACAGUUAUGAGUUGGGCCCAAUUGACACGGUCUCAAUUUGCCAUAAUUUCGAUGCGUUUGUACUGGCAGAUUACCAGAGUAAACCAUAUGUAUCCGUACCAGAGCCAGUUUUUAAAAAGCUUCUUGAGUGGUAUGGACUUACACCAGGAUCCAGAGCCAUCAAGACCGUGCUGAUAAGAGAUGAUGAUGGUCAGCUAGUCACAGAAUAUGAUCAAUAUUGUAUUAGAGUUCACCUACUAAAGGCAACCAAAGAGGAUCAAACAUUAAGACAUUCAUCUAGCAAAAGAAAACCGCUUUAUUUCUCGGCAUCUCGACUGACCGACGUAAAGGCUAUAGUCAAAAGAUGCAUACAAGAUAUCGGCGAUAUGGACUCUACAGUAGAUCUCAGUCAACAGAAGUUCAGGAUAUGGAGGAUUGAAACUGAGCAGGACGAAGCUGCUGCCUUCCUGCUAUCUCAACGAUAUGCCAUAACGCCAUUUGAUUUUGCACAAUUUUUAUCAAAGGACCGGCUACGACCUGAUAUAUUUGAUACUACCAUUCGAACGUUCAAAAAACCCACUGUUGACUUAGUUGUUGAAACCAAGGAGUCACAGAGUGAUGACCAUUGGCCAUCCAAUUACUUUUACUACAACAAGCUCACGUUACCGCGAGGGACUGUUGGCCUUUCUAAUUUAGGCAAUACUUGCUACAUGAAUUCAGCUCUUCAAUGCCUCGUGCAUAUUCCGGAACUAAGUGACUACUUUCUCUACGGCUCAUUUGAAGGCGAAAUUAAUUCGAGCAAUCCACUGGGCUAUAAGGGGCAGGUAGCGAAGGCAUUCGCCGCCCUCGUGCGGGCGCUUUUCAACGACAAGGUGCCAAAUCUCGCUUUUUACUCGCCAAGAAUUUUCAAGUCCACGUUGGGCCAUCACAAUUCUAUGUUUGGGGGAUAUUUACAGCAAGACUCGCAGGAAUUUUUAGCGUUCCUUCUAGAUGGGCUACACGAAGAUUUGAACAGGAUUGUCGAUAAGCCUAUCGUUGAAAAGCCUGAGCUGACUGCUGGAGACAAUAUUCAUGACCCUCAGGUUAUUCAAAAUCUGGCGAAUGAUACGUGGGAAAAACACAUGCUUAGAAACGAUUCCCUUAUUAAUGAUCUCUUUGUCGGAAUGUAUAAAUCAACGCUGACAUGCCCUGUUUGUGAUCAUAUAUCAGUUACCUUUGAUCCCUUUAGUGACUUGACUCUGCCUCUUCCGGUUGAAAGUUAUUGGAGUUCCAAUGUAAAGAUUUUUCCUCAAAACUCUCCUCCAUGUCUGCUCCAAGUUGAGCUAUCUAAGGGCUCUACCUAUGAGGAUCUCAAACGAUACGUUUCCAAAGCUGCCAAUCUCAGAUUUGAAGACUUAAUUGGGGCAGAAAUUUUCAACCACGCUUUCUAUAACAAUUACGAAUCACCUACAUCGGAUGCAAAGUACUUACCGAUUAACGAUCUUGCUUCUGAGAACGAUAUAAUUGUUUUUUAUGAGCUUCCUAACCAAGAAGACUGUGUGAUUAUCCCUGUUUUGAACACUAUUGUUGAGGAAGGCUUUCGGAGCCAGAAGCUAUUCGGUUAUCCCUUUUUCAUCAGCUUGGACAAAAAUGAGCGUCAGUGUUACGGUGCAAUUCGAAAGCAGUUGGAAAGGCACUAUGCCAACUUAAGUGGAAACUUUGCAAGCUUUCCCUCACCCUCGACCUCACCCACAAUGGAAACUAUGGAUUUGCUGAGGAAAAAAUAUCCAAACGUUGAUCUGUCAAACUUUUCCGAAGACUUGAAAUACAGCACACCUGUUUCUCCAGAAAGACAGAAGUUUGCCGUACAAGUUUUGACAAGAGAUAAUGCCGAGGUGGGAUCACAAGCUAAUAGAGAAGAAGGAGGAAUUUGGACCCCAGACCCAAGAGGUAAUUUGGCUACAGCUGUUGAUAUGACGACACUUAUCACAAAUGUUGCCAGAGAUAUAUAUAAUUACCAAGAACUGGUUGACAAUCAAAUGGAUGAAAUUGAAGAAUAUGCUAUGUGGACAAACAUUCCAGAAUUAAAUGCUCAACAUGGAACCGAUAAUGCAGACCAUCAAUCGAGCAUAACACCGGGCCAUGCUAAUGAUAAUGAUACCAACAUUCCCAGCGAUGCAGCCCUUAUAACCAACAAUCAAAGUGCACUUCCUUCUACUCCCAGUCAUUUCCCUCGACCAAUAUUAAUCGGCCCUGGCCAGGCCAUUGUAUGCAGAUGGAAUAAUGAAGCAAUUUCAACUGUUUUCUCCAAGGACUCAGAGUUUUCAUGGGAUAAUCCCGCAGAAAUCAAAAACAGUGAGCUAGAUGAGAUGAGGAUUCAAAGAAAUGAAAGAGCUAAAAAGCAAAUUACUAUCGAAGACUGUCUUAACUUAUUUUCUAAGUCCGAGAUCCUAGGAGCCUCUGACUCUUGGUAUUGUCCAAGCUGCAAGGAACACAGGCAGGCUGCGAAACAAAUCCAGCUUUGGAACACUCCCGAGAUCCUCACGAUCCAUUUGAAAAGGUUUGAAAAUCGUGAUUCUUUCAGUGAUAAAAUAACUGAGGUCGUAAGCUUCCCAAUAUCUGGCCUAGAUAUGUCAGGCCAUUUGGUAUGUGGGAGUGAAAAGCAGAGUAACGUCUAUGACUUAAUUGCCGUGGACAACCAUUAUGGCGGCCUCGGUGGAGGUCACUACACUGCAUUUGCGAAGAACUUUGCUGACGGCAAAUGGUAUUAUUUUGACGAUUCCCGAGUCUUUGAAACUAAACCGGAGCGCUCAAUAUCCGAGGCUGCUUACUUACUCUUCUAUCGUAGGCGUGAGGCAGGAUCAUCAGUUAAUACUGCACGACUUCAGCUGCUGCUCGAAUCAUCUCGACAAGCUCAUCAGUUGAAGAUGGACCACUUCAACCAGCAGCAGGAACACUUUUAUGGAGAAAGUAGAUCUGAUUCGGAAGAUGACUUACAAGUUCUCGAAUGGGAUCAACCCGACGCUGGCGAAAAUGAUGUUAUUGACAAUGUUUCAAGCUUAGAAGUGGGGAAUUCUCCAUUAGGCUCCUCUCCUGAGGAGAAUGAUGGGAGGCGGAAGCUGCGGUUGCUACACAAAAACUAUGCGACUGCUAUGUCAAACUCCCAUAAUUUAAAUUCCUCCACAACAAGCCCCGAUUCAUCUGAUGUUGGCGACAACGUAUCACAGCCUUGUAGUUCUGUUGGGUGCGCUCCUCCUUCACCCACUUUAUGA